AUGGAGAAGGAUUUCAUUGAACCCAAGUCGGAGCCCUCGUUCGGCGACGCUCCCCCUCUCUACGGCGAAUCUGAAGCAACCAAGGGCAGCUUUGGCCAGCGAAUUAUCGAUAGUUUCAAGAGAGAUCCUAAUGCCCGUGCCUCGUCGCACCAUGAACCUGGUCAAGAUGGGAAGACCUUCGAUAUCGAAAAUGCUGCUCAGAACACCGCUAGUUCUCCACUGGCACGCAAGCUCAAAGGUCGCCACCUUCAGAUGAUCGCGAUUGGUGGUUCAAUUGGUACUGGUCUUUUUGUCGGAUCUGGAAAGGUCCUGGCGGCCGGUGGCCCAGCCUCGGUCCUGAUCGCAUAUGCUUUGAUCGGCUGCAUGCUUUACUGCACUGUGCACGCGCUGGGUGAGAUGGCUGUUCUCUUCCCUGUUGCUGGUUCGUUCUCGCAUUAUUCCACCCGGUUCAUCGAUCCUGCUUGGGGUUUCGCCAUGGGUUGGAAUUAUCUGCUGCAGUGGCUCGUGACCCUUCCCACCGAAAUUGUCGCCGCCUCGUUGACUGUCGACUACUGGGAAUCGGGCGUCUCCAAUGCUGCGUGGGUCGCUAUUUUUUGGACUGUCAUUGUGUGCAUCAAUAUGUUCGGUGUUAAGGGUUAUGGUGAAGCAGAGUUCGUGUUUUCCAUAAUCAAGGUCACCGCCGUAGUUGGCUUCAUCAUCCUCGGUAUCAUCCUGACCUGUGGCGGCGGGCCCCAUGGUGGAUACAUCGGUGGAAGGUACUGGCACGACCCAGGCGCCUUUAACGAUGGCUUCAAGGGUCUUUGUAGUGUUUUUGUGAAUGCUGCAUUUGCGUUCGCUGGUACUGAGCUGGUUGGCCUUGCCGCCGCGGAGACCGCUAAUCCUAGGAAAUCGCUCCCGACCGCCGUCAAGCAGGUGUUCUGGCGUAUCACCCUCUUCUACAUUGUGUCUCUUACCUUGGUCGGCCUCCUUGUCCCCUACACCGAUUCUCGACUCCUCGAUGGUUCAUCUAGCGCCGAUGCCAAAGCGUCUCCGUUCGUCAUCUCCAUCGUGAACGCGGGAAUUUCUGGAUUGCCUUCGGUGAUGAACGUUGUCAUCAUGAUUGCUGUGCUCUCCGUCGGCAAUGCAGCUGUCUACGGCUCUUCUAGAACUCUGGCGGCUCUGGCUGAGCAACAGCAGGCUCCAAAAAUCUUCGCCUACAUCGAUCGCAAGGGCCGGCCUCUUCCGGCUCUCAUCGUUGCCUCGGCGUUUGGUUUGCUUGGAUUCCUGGCCGCUUCCGAUAAGGAGGGUGAAGCCUUCACAUGGAUGAUGGCCAUCUCAGGUCUCUCCUCCAUCUUCACCUGGGGGUCAAUCUGCCUGUGUCACAUUCGCUUCCGUCGCGCUUGGAAACUGCAAGGGCACAGCCUCGACGAGCUGGCUUUCACGUCCCAGCCUGGUGUGAUUGGUUCCUGGAUCGGACUCAUUUUCAACUGCCUCGUUCUGAUUGCUCAGUUUUGGGUUGGCUUUGCGCCCAGCGGAUAUAGUGAAAUGUCGGCUUCGGCAUUAGUUUCCAACUUCUUCUCCGACUACCUUGCUGCGCCGGUCGUGUUGGCCUUCUACAUCCCCUACAAGCUUUGGUUCAAGACCCCCUUCAUCCGGGCCAAGGACAUGGAUCUCCAUACCGGUCGACGCGAACUCGACAUCCAAGCGCUCAUCGAAGAAGAAAAGGCAGAACAGGCGGCCUGGCCUGCGUGGAAGAAGGCGUGGAAAUUCUUCUGCUAA